CAAUGACACUGGGAAUGUGGUAAAUUGUUCACUUCGAUGUCAUCUACAUAAAAUUAAACUUCUGUUCAACAACUACCAUGGCUGCACCCAGUGACUUUCUGCAUCCAUCUGAAAAGAACGAUGUGACUGUAAAUAAUACAUUUCGAAUUGGCCCUUCAUCGCAUUCUUCCUCAGACCCAGGAAUGCACUCAGACAUGGAUUCUAUUCGGGAAGCCUCGCAGGAUCUUGAACAGCAAGCUAGCGGGAGGUCGAGAACUAGCGAAAAGUCGACCAGCAGAGCAUCCAGGGAUCUACGGAGAACAGCAAGCAAUGUAUUGAGCAAUGCCCUAUCCAGGCUAUCCACGAGGAUUCGUGACGAACCUCCACCUCCACCGGAUGGCGGUCUCCAAGCUUGGAGUCAGGUUGCUUGUGGCUUCUUGGUGAUAUUCACAACUUGGGGUUACGUCAACGCAUUUGGAGCCUUUCAGGCGUAUUACACUGGAGUGCUUCCGGUAUCCGCCUCUACUAUAUCUUGGAUUGGAUCCGUGCAAAUCUUUUUGAGCUUGUCCCUCGGCGUCCUCACAGGUCGGCUUUUGGAUGCUGGGUACUUCUACCCGACCUACAUUGUGGGUGCCACGAUUCAGAUAGUCGGCGUGUUUCUCAUGAGUAUCUCAACCAAGUAUUGGCAGCUCAUGUUGACACAGGGCAUCCUUACUGGCCUCGGCAAUGGCAUCUUCUUUACACCAACUCUGGCCAUGAUUACCACGUAUUUCGACAAAAGACGUGGCAUUGCAGUUGGAUUGGUGACCACUGGGAACUCGAUGGGUGGGGCCAUAUACCCUGUUAUUGCACGACAACUUCUGCCUCAAAUUGGGUUUGGCUGGACAGCAAGAGUUAUGGGUUUUAUCAACUUGGCAUGUCUCUCAGUUGCAUUGGUCUUCCUGAAGCCACGACUACCACCACGGAAGUCAGGUCCACUAAUCGACACGUCUGCUCUUAAAGAUCCUGUUUUCAUGGCCUUCUGCUUGGCUAUAUUUUGCGCGAUGUGGGCAAAUUAUUAUACCUUUUACUAUAUCGCAUCGUUCGGCAGGGAAACUCUGGGGUUGACCUACUCGGCAUCAACGACGCUCAUCAUCAUAAUCAACGCCGUCGGUAUUCCGAUGCGACUUACUGUGCCUCUCAUUGCGGACCGUAUAGGACCCAUCAAUGUUCAGGUGCCUAUCCUGUUCAUAUGGACCAUUGUGGCAUUUUGCUGGCUUGCCGUUCAUGAUGUUACUGGUUAUUACAUCUUCUCAUGUUUCUUCGGAGCCGCAAGUGGAGCUGUUCAGUCAUUGAUACCGACAUGCAUGGCGAGCCUCACACCCAAGCUCAGUAUGGUAGGUAGCAGAAGCGGGAUUGGCUUUGGUAUCGUUUCGAUUGCCUCGCUAACAGGUCCGCCGAUUGGCGGAGCACUUCAAGGUGCAGAUGGAGGUAAGUUCAUGGGAGCACAGAUAUGGGCAGCUUGUGUGCUGUUGAUAGGGUUCUGCUUAGUGCUCACGGCGAGAGUGAAAAGGGUUGGUUUGAAUCUGAAAUUCCGUUCCGACCAUGAACCGCGUUGAUUGGGGGCACUGUAAAGCACUAAUGAUAUCCCACGUUUCUUCAUAAAUAACGGUGCGAUGAUUGUUGAUCUAGAAAACGGGUUUCGUGGAUUUCCUCUUGAGAUCGCCGCACUCGACAAAACGACCAGAACGAAAUUUCAAUCUCCUCCAGGCGAUGCAGCUACGGACGUCGAAACGAGAUUGCGAAAAGGUCGUACUUCUGGGUUGCACUUCGCGACUGUUACGAUCUCGUAGCGCGACCUGGUAUAGAGUCAUGCAAUAAGAGCUUCGCUCAUGACUAUUUUCUAUGGCAGACAAAUUUAAAUGGCUAGGAUCGCCGAGUUUUGGUAUUCAAGUGGGGUC